AUGGGCUUCCUUUUACGCCCCCGGCUGGUGUAUCUUUUAUUUUUCCUGUGCUUCCUCAUUGCUCAGACAGCAGGACAGAACUGUAGCAAAGAGAACCCCUGUGCAACUGGAUGCUGUUCGAAGCAUGGUUACUGCGGCACUGGUGAUGAGUUCUGUGGUGCAGACUGUGUUGAUACCUGCGACUAUAAGCUGGGUUGUGAUGCUAACAACCCAUGUGCACAAGGCUGUUGUAACAAAUUUGGAUUCUGUGGACUUGGACCAGACUUUGGAUACUAUGAGACUUGGAGCACUCGGCGUCGAUGCAAACAAUUCUGGCCGGAGCAAAUUCCUUUGGGAGUUUAUACCCAUAUCAAUGUGGCCUUUGCAGUCAUUGACCCGGAUACAUUCGGGGUUCGACCUUCUUUGACUGCAGACAUUGAGCUUUUCAAGCGAGUUGCCCGCCUCAAGCAAGAAGAUCCUGAUCUCAAAGUGUAUAUCGCUAUCGGAGGUUGGAGCUAUAAUGACCCUGGCCCAACUGCAACGACAUUUUCCGACCUAGCCGCAUCGACAUCCAAUCAAGUUAAGUUCUUCAAUUCUCUCACAAAGUUCAUGUCCACAUAUGACUUGGAUGGCGUAGACAUCGACUGGGAAUAUCCAGCAGCGGACGAUCGAAGUGGUCGUCCAGAAGACUUUGACAACUUCCCCAAGUUCUUAAAGAAUCUCAAAGCGGCACUCAAAAGAACUGGCGGUCGAGAUGGUCUUAGUAUAACUCUGCCUGCCUCUUUCUGGUACUUGCAACACUUUGACAUCGGAAAUAUGAAGAAAAGUGUGGACUUCUUCAAUAUCAUGACCUACGAUCUUCAUGGAACUUGGGACAAAGGAAACAAAUGGACUGGUGAAUUCCUCGACGCGCAUACCAAUCUCACUGAGAUUAAAGCUUCUCUGGACCUACUAUGGCGAAACAGUAUUCCAUCGGAUCAGGUAGUUCUUGGAAUAGCAUUUUACGGCAGAGCAUAUACGAUUGCAGACCCAUCAUGUACUAAGCCUGGCUGCCUUUUUGCGUCCGGGGCGGAGGCUGGAGACUGCAGUCAUGAGGUUGGGAUUCUGAUGAACUCCGAGAUUGACGAGAUUAUCGCGGGAAAACGCCCCAGAAUCACAUAUGAUAAAGAUGCUGCAGUGAAGAUGAUCACAUGGGAUGAUAAUCAAUGGGUAUCCUAUGAUGAUAUCGACACCUUCAAGCUCAAAGCCGACUUUGCCCGAGGGAAAUGCCUAGGUGGCCUUAUGGUAUGGGCAGUAAGCCAUGACCAUACCAAUGGGACUUACUCCCUUGCCCUGGGAGAAGCAGCCCAACGCAAGUUUAAAGCUCUGCCCGACACAAUCAAAACAGACGACACAAUCAAAAUCAAACAUAAUCAGUGCAAAUGGACAAACUGUGGAGACCUCUGCCCAGAUGGAUGGGUUCUGCUCCGCCGUCAUGACGAUGAUAGACAUCAUGAUGGUGAGUGGAUGCUUGAUGAUGGAGGCUGUAUCUUCAAAAAUCAGGACCAUCGCCUGUGCUGUCCUCCUGAUCAAGAUGCUCCGACUUGCGGCUGGUACACUUUCAACAACGGUGACUGUGAAGGCAAGUGUCCAGAUGGUAGUUUUGAAAUUGGCGGAACCGACCGUGGAUGUUCAACUGCAUUUGGUAAUUACCAAGCUGCCUGCUGUACGAGUGGUCAAAAGAGUACUGCGCUCUAUGAGAAAUGCGAAUGGGGUGCUUCAUUCGAAUGCGACUCAUGGAAAUGCCCAGCAGAAAAGACCGAUGUUCUCCUUAAGUCAUGCAAUGGCAAUGGAGGAUCGGCUUGCGGUGGCGACUGGAGAACCCACCUGAAUGAGGAGCGCAAAUAUUGCUGUGACAGCUCUGAUGAAAACAUGACUUUCGACGACUGCGAGUGGCUUGACGACUAUAGCGAAACAGGAUACCAAGUCAUUCCUACCGAUGGUGGUAGUGGAAGUGGUGGGAGUGGCUACUGCUUCUCAAGCUGUCCUAAGGACAAAGUACGGGUAGCUAUGGAGCACUACAAUACUUGUAACAAAAAGACUGUCUCCCGUGCAAAGUGCUGUUCUCCCAACUACACCACGACCCAAAAAAAGGUAGACCCUAUGGUGGAGCUUUGGACGGCUGAUCUUAAAGACUGGUUAGGCUUCACAGACAUGUUGCCUAUAGAAUAUACACCUCGGUAUGCCGGCACCUCGGGAACAUCUUUGGAGAAACGUCAAGAUCAACAGUCAUUCUUCACAAGCAAUUCAAUUCUAAUUGUUGCGACUGAUGUCAUCUACACCUAUCGCAUGACGAGCAGGACAAACAAAGCCGUCAAGGAAAUCAAGGUGUGGAACGACGUAAUUGCCGCUUGGUUCACUUAUCUAGCGACUUCCACCCUUAUACCAUUCUUGAGAGAUGUUACAGGUGAACUGUUUUCUGUAGUUGCAGAGGAUCUUGCAGGUCGCAUCAUUUGCAACCUAGAGUACUGGAACCAGAUGAUCAAAGAUUGUACAGCUCCCAGUACUUUAGAUGAAGUCUGCGCUAUCAGCGAUCUUGACGGUUUUGAUGAUGAAUACUCUAUUGACCCCGAUACCUACGGAACGAAUGGUGCAUCAACCAAACGAGCUUUUAACAGUCUGGACAAACGUGAUGGAGCUCCCAGGGAUUUCACCGUUGAUUGCGGUACUGACCCAAUUACUGGACAGCAGCGAAUCAUGAUUAUUACAUCAGAGGCCUAUCCAAAUGGUGGCAAUGGUGUCAAUCUUGCAAAUGCCAAUGGACUAACAGUGCGAUUUGCGGUCGCAAAUCAACAUGUAUGCACUGAUACCUCUAUUGAUCCUAACGCGCCCAACAAUCUUUGGACGUGGGUCACUGAGCAUAUUUUCGAGCUUCAAUUGAUUCCUCGCUCAAUUGAAUUUAUGGUUACUGGAACUUUACCUGCUGUGCAGGGCUUGCCAGACUUCAGCACUGGGAGCAAACGUAUGCCCUGGGACAUUGCACAACUACUGAAUCAGGAUUAUUCGACAUGGGCUAGCGGCCACACCACAGCAACUGGAACUCCAAUUAUUAGGAUAUUUGACAGUCUCGGCUCAAAGAUUAACCCCGCUCGAUUAGUUAAUACUGAAACUCACUUGAACUCGAUGAAAGGGAGGCUGUUCGCAGGGAAGCAGCCGAUUGGUGAUGAUACUUGGAGGAAUCUAAACGUGGCAGAUGAGAGAGCUGGACGGGCUGGGAUCAAUGAAAUACGAAUGAUUAUAUCUGUGUUCGAGUACUUGAACCAGCAGCUUGUGAACCGUCACCUUGUUGAUACAUAUGGCGCUGCUAAUAACGAAUUGCGUGUGUUCCAAAAUGCAGUCAACAGUGUGUUCGGGCAAAGAGACUUCAGUGCGCCUAAUCUGUUCAGAACUUUCAUGACAAAUUUCAUGUCACGAAUGGCUGAGUGGGCCUCCAAUUGGCUUAAUUCGCGUAUUGAUGAGCUACUUACCCCGGGAUCGCACGCAUAUCAGGUCGCAGCAAACUACACGGGUGAUCUGAGGCAGCUCAGAGAGGUGGUUCGAUCAAGAGUGAUUUUUGACAAUUCAAUCUUCAUUUAUAUGCUGGCAUCAGGUAGCUAG